GCAAUAGAGUCGCCGGAUCGCGAGUGCGGUGUCGAGGCGGUCAUGGCCCUCGGUCCGCGGCAGCCCCGAGAGCCUCCCCGUGCGCGUGGACGGAGCGAAAAGUUGUUCAGUGUCUCGUGUCAGGCAGCUGGCUGACCCAGUGAUUUUCACGAGCUCAUAAAUUCGGGGCUUUUCUGCUCUCGGGACGUGCCACCGGAGCGCCAACGACACGAGCAGCCGCCGUGACUCCGGCUGGCACAGCAUCCAGCGAAGCUUUCCAAGUGACGGAGUUUUGCGUCGAAAAGUACUGGAGAAUCGACGAGCCCGUGGGCGUGUUGACGGUGCGGGGCUUCGAGCCGAGACUCGGAUCGUCAGCGCGGGACGCUUUUUAAUCAAGGGACUUCUCGUCCGUCAACGACGCUCCUCGACGAGGCUUCUUUCUUUAGCUGCCUUUUGCAAAUCGGAAAUAAAAUUCAACUCGAAAAGUCUCCGCAAAUCAAUCAAAUUAUUCUGCCCCUAAAUUUCAAGUUUUCCCGAAGCGGACGAGCGAACGUUGCAACGUUUGUUUUCGAGAAACCUUGAGUCGUUCGUGCCCCGGACAAUCGACGUCGGGCCCCCUCGAGGGGAACGAUGAGCGGCAAAAACGAGUGGGUUUCCUGGAGAAAAUGAUGAUGGAAGUCGCUCGAGCGUGGAAAAGUGGCCGUGCAGCUGUAACGGAGCGGAGAGUGUCACUGAAAAGUGUGCAAAACCCGAGAAAAGAGACUAUUUUAAUAAUUUAAUAUGCUACAAAGUAUAUAGGAAGGUGCACACAGCGAAGUAGUGACAUAAAGGAGCGCCUGAAAGAGAACAGCGAUGCGUCGAGUGUUGAGCGGUUGCGGCAGCUGUUCCUACCAUCUCGAGGGACUCGGCUGUGGACGAACAGAGGACUUUGGCACACCAGUCAGUUCGGGCAGCAACAUGGGAAGUGUGGCAAGGUUUCCGAAGCUCGACGAGUGCGCCCACUUCCAUUACGAGCACGUCGAACUCGGCGCCUUGGAGGUGUCCGUGACCGAAGUUCCUAACGACCCGAGUUUCGCCGUUCGAGUUACGUCGGGCGAUGCUUGUUGGACUCUUCAACGUUCGUACGAGAACUUUGUUAUGUUCGACAAGCAAUUGCAUCGUUGUAUAUUCGAUCGGAAAUUCUCGUCGCUCGCAAAGCUCCCGGACUCGCAGCCGUCGAAGAACGUGGGCGAUCUUCUCACCGCAUACUUGGAACGUUUUUCACAACUGAAUCACGAGGGCUUGAAUUGUGGCCCGGUUCUCAAUUGGCUGCAACUCGAUAAUCGCGGUAGAAGAAUCCUAGUUCCGGAAUCAGAUUCCUGUCCGAUAAAUACACCUGCGGUUGCCGCCGCCUAUGCCGUUCGUCCGUACACAGCUCAAGCUCAAGAUGAGAUUUCCUUCCAGGUCGGUGACAUGAUAUCAGUGAUCGAUAUGCCACCGCCGGGGGAGAGCACCUGGUGGCGAGGCAAACACGGCUUCGCCGUCGGCUUCUUUCCGGCCGAGUGCGUUGCAGUGAUCGGUGAUAAAGUACCCCGUCACUUGACCGUCUCGACUACCGUCAGGUCGAGAUUACCCGUUAAACCGGUACUGAGGAAGCACGGAAAGCUCAUUGCGUUCUUCAGAUCUUUCAUACUCAAUAGACCGUCCAGGAGACGAUUGAAACAGUCCGGUAUUCUCAAGGAACGUGUUUUCGGAUGCGACCUCGGUGAACAUUUGUUGAACUCCGGCCAAGACGUGCCGGCCGUACUCACCUGCUGCGCCGAAUUUAUCGAGAACCAUGGCUUGGUCGAUGGGAUUUAUCGUCUGAGUGGCGUCACGUCAAACAUUCAGCGACUUCGUCACGCCUUCGACGAGGAUCGUGUCCCUGCUUUGCACUCGGAUGAAGGAAUAUUACAAGACAUUCACUCCGUUGCCUCCUUGCUAAAAAUGUACUUUCGAGAGUUACCAAAUCCACUGUGCACCUACCAAUUGUACUCAACUUUCGUCGGAGCUGUCCAGGCCAAUAGCGACGCGGAAAGAUUACGCAGAAUGAGGGACGCUGUGAGGAAAUUGCCACCGCCACACUACAGGACGUUGGAAUACUUGAUGCGACAUUUGGUUCGAGUAGCAGCACGAGGUGCGGAAACAGGAAUGACACCGCGAAACGUGGCGAUAGUAUGGGCGCCGAAUUUGCUGCGCUGCAAAGAGUUGGAGGUUGGUGGGGUAGCGGCACUCCAGGGUGUCGGUGUGCAGGCAGUCGUGACGGAAUUUCUGGUUUGUUACGCCGAGUUGAUAUUCGGAGACGGUCCAGUUGGAAGACCAAAAUCGUUGGCUAUAACGACACCGGCGCGUUUGUUGAGUUUAGAAGAAGCAAGGAACCGAAGUUUGCGUUGCGAGUCUGACUACAUCGAAGUCGGCGCCGGACCGGCUGGUUUGCCGCUCCAUUAUCACACGGUGAUCGAAUUGCCGCGCAAGCGAAACGGCUCGAAACGCUCGCCGUCUUUGAAUUGGCGAGCGAUAUUCGGCCGCGGUGGUUUCGGAGCGCGUGGAAAAAGCGCGCGACAAGUUGGCACUCCGCCUCAAGCCGAGACCAUGCCCAGCUCGCUAAAUUCACUCAGACGCUUGCGUCCCGUCAAGAGCGCCGACAGUCUCGACGGCGAGGACAGCCUCGGUCCGCUCCUGGGACCGCCCCCAGCUCGCCCGUGCGGUCACAGUCGAUCUGUAUCCCACGACUCGUACUUCGACCAUCUCGCUGAUGCACCCAAUCCAACCUCUCCUCUUGAUCUCUCCGAAAUUCAGCUCAACUUUGACCUCGAAGAACGAGAAAUGAGAAUGUUCUCCGAGGAGGAAAGCGGUGGCAUCGCUUCCGUCGAAGCCUCACCUAGGAGACAGAGAAACGAAGAAGACACACCCUGCAUCGCCAUCACCGGAGGAUCCAAACGCAAGAGAUCUAGACUCGAGGAACGACUUCACUGCGAAGUCGAGUUGCGAUUCAUCGACAGCCAAAGUCCCGACCAGGUAAUGGUGUCGGCCGACAUUCAUGGAAUGGAAACUCCGUCUCCUCUGCCGACACCGGGCUACUUGCCUCUUUUAUCAGAAGCAUCAACGCCGAUGACGCCGGCAACGAUGCAGGGAACUCCGAUUUCAAUAUCCCCAGGACCUUCGAACAGUCCUAGGAUAAGUUUCCGAAGCUUCACGUUGCCCCUGGAGCUCGAUGAGAGCUGCGGGUCGCUGGGAAACGCGGAAAAGCGACAGAGCACAGGAGCGUCGUCGGCAAAAUCGUCACGAGAUCCUAGUCACAGAUCGUCCUCGACGUUGGACGAUCGUAGUAAUAUUAAUAGCGAAUCUUGUGAGAGAAUAGAGACUUACGAGGGUAGGAGAGGCGGGGAUGGCAAUAGAGCUUCUCGCACAGAAUCGGUGAAUUCCUUGGGAAAAAAUACGAUUGGAAGCAGCGCGACUGUGCAAGAUCAAGAAAUGAUGGUAUCGUGCGAUGCUCUGUCGUCGGGUUGUUGCGAGACGAUGAGUCGAACGAAUCCUGACAAAAGUUCGGAGGCUGUUGGAAACAUCGCGGAUUUUUCGGAAGAUGAUAAAUCGCAGUGCAACAGUGAGGAGUCGUGUCGGGACCCACGAAGCAAAGAGUUGACGAUCGACGUUUCGACGAGUUCAAGAAUCGACGAGAACGUGGCGGGUGGUUCGGCGAUGCGAACGACCGAGCCGUCGUGCUGCAUGCCAUCGUCGAGCAACACGGAUCUCGAUUCGCCAAUGUCUUGCGAGCACACGCUCGAGGAUCUCCCGGAUUCGGGGUUCGUGAUUUGUGACAGCUCCGAAAAGAUGUUCACGAGCACCGAGACCCAGGGACUGGUGACAACCACUAACGAUUCCGGGGAGUGGGUCAUGAUCGAAAGAACAACGGAAUCGGUAACGACGCCGACGAGCGAAGCGAGCAGUCCGAAAGAUCCGCUCGACGGCACCGUCAAUCAAGCGAUCGCGACUGAUCCGCCUCGACUAAGAUCCACGUCGAACAAUGUCUCGAGAACCUCGUUGGAUCUGACGAUGGGCUCGAACGUCGAUACCGAUCCCUCGUGCAUCGGCACCAGUGAUUUAACCGAGAGCCCACCGUUGUUGCAGCAAACCAAUGAAAUUUCUUACGACCCCAGUGACUCUAAGAAAGACGCUAAAAAUAAUAUCGAUGAGGAUUCUAACGUUUUACCGGAAACGAACGAGAUCUUCGUCAUCGACGAUCGGAAGUACGGAAGCGACAGGCGGAACGGUAACGAGAGACCAUCUUCCGAAAGCUUAAGACACUUGGAAAGUAAUUUGGAUUCCUCUCGAAUGGAGCAGGAGAACGAAGUUUCGGGGAGUUACAGUCUCAGGCUCGAUAACGAGAACGUUUAUCGUGGCAACAUGAACGAAAAGCACGAGGGACGAGGCUCGCGCGAGGAAGAAAACAUCAACGCGGCUUCGAUGAUGAAUCAAAAAACUCCGGAACAGCAGAAAAAACGAAUGAUCGUUAAAAGCCAACAGACGGGACAGUACAUUCCGGGCACGGAGCAGCAGAGGCGAAGCUCGAAUGAAACGAGGUCGGACAAUCAGAGUCAAGAGCGUGCCCACAAUCAUAGCUUUGGCCAAAGUCCUCGCAAACAUCAGAGUCUCCAUCACCAUCAUCACCACCACCCGAACCAUCAUCAUCAUUUCAAGUAUCUUCCGAAGCACAUCCAAGAAAAUGUAAAACGUAACAACAUGCAGAAUUCUCAAAUACGUGACAACGAGGAGGUCGUCAUCGCGUCGGAGAAUGCUGCAGAACCGUGUGAAAUAGUCCACCAACCGGAAGGAGCUUCCGAGACGACGUCGUUGGAUUCGUCGUGCACGUUGUCGAACGCGUCCUCGCCGAUCGAAGAUUCCGUGGUGCUGCGAGACACGGCCGCGAUUUUACAGGAGCUCGCGCUCCAACGACUGUCCGGCGGUGUCGGGAGCGAGCCACCGUUGAAUCCACGCAGGCGUUACGACUCGGAAAUCGCGGCGAGCGAUCGUCGCAGUUUCGACUCGGAAAUUGGCCGAGAAAUAGUGCGAGAGAGGAAGAUGAGGCAAGAGUUGGACACUGCGAGGGGGAAAUCGGAAGAGCCUUCGUCGAACAACGGCAUGCAAUACUUGCCGCCCUGCUUGCGAGCUCGGCAUGCGAGAUCGACGAGAGCUGCGCUCAGCCGGUCUCUCGACGAAGGGAAAUUCAAUCGCAUGAACGAUGCUCUUCCUUCUUUGCCCUCGAAACAAACGUUGGAAGAUUCACAGCACAAUUCGACCCCGAACGUCGGCACCGAGCUCUCCAUGUCUUCGUCAAACAGCUCCGACAAGCUUCAGUCCCGCAAUUUAGGCGGUUUGGAUCUCGGGGACCCCCGUUGUCGCGAAAGAAUUGAAAAGUACAAAGAAGAACGACGCAUGUUUUUGCGCGACAAAUACAGAUCUGAGAGCUUUCGCGGUACCACGACCUCCAGAACUGACGACGACGGGGAACAAGCUUUGCUCGCGAGGCUCAAACAACGCGCUUCCAGACCUUCCCUGCAUUGACCAAGUGAUCGUAUUUCUAUUAAGUUAUUCACUCACAGAAAAACUCUUUGAGUAUUUCGUUCGAAUUAUUAGCAAAGAUUUAACAAACGAACAGACACACCGUUGUAACACAGACGACGAAGCCUAAUGUAGCAGCGCGUUAUAACGAAUUAACUCACGUAUUUUCCUCUCGUGAUACGGGGGACAGUAGCUUAAGCCUCUGCGCCUAACCGAUAUAUAAAUCUAGCGUUUAGUCGACGAGAAAUGGGCAACCGCGCGCUUGUCUUCUCACCGUUUGCAUUCGUUCAAUUUUUCUUUCUCUCUCUCUCUCUCUCUCUGUUUUAAUUCGUCCCUUUUAUACCUUGACAAAUGAAUGGACAAAACAAAUCUAACAUUCCUAAUAUGCAUCUCAUCGAUACUUCUGAUACUAGAAUUUAGGGAGAGUCAGAAACUCUGAGUCGAGCAAUCGGAAAUAAGAUUAGAGUACCAGAGCCACUUUUUUGUUCGUUCAACGUUUGACUGUGACGCUAUUGGCCAAUACGAUAUCGAGGAUUACGAGUGCCUCAUUUUCUUCUCUUUCCUUAACAUUGUUCAUUCUCUUUAAGCUCUAGUUUUUUUGUAAAUUGUUACGUUAUGAACGAUACGCUGGGUGUGUGAUUGUUUCCAAGCUGUCGCGACAAGUGCAUUUAUUAAAAUAAGCUUUUCGACUCGAAUUUAAAGUGCGUUACUAUCAUCAUACGUUUAGGCCCUCGAGACUGCUUUGUCUUAUCCUUUUCUCUAUUUUGUUACGCUUCGUUGUUGUAUUAAUUUGGCGAGGAAAUACUCCGACCGGAGAAUUCGAGUUUAUUUGUUAAAUGAUCGUCGAUCUAAUCGGCCUAGAAAAUAUGGCGAAGGCUCUGGUACGCGAAUUCUCUGGUUUCAUUGAAACAAGAAAAAAUCUUUUUCACCGUCUUUCGUUCGUCGCUGUUUCCAUUCUCCAGAAUAACAUUAUCGAAAUUUUUAUAUUAUCAAACUCGCAAAACGAACAAACGGUGAUGAUUUAAUUAAGAGUUUUAUACUUUCGUGUUUAUAUGUACAUGUAACGACGUUAUUUUCUCACCGUUGACUGGUUCUUGGUGUUACAAAAUAUCUCUUGUAAAUUCUACAUAUUAUUUUUAAUCUUCACACAUAUGAUUAAUAUAUUAAGUUUUUUUCGCGUUCGUUAACGCAGCUAUCGUUUGACUGAGUUUAAUCGUAUGUUGGGAAUGAAGAAUGGACGCUGAUCGACGCUCCAUUCGAGAAUGAAUUGCACACGAAAAUCCACGUCAACUUCAACAUUUCGAAGUAGGCUAAAAGUCUGAAGGUCCAGCCCUGUGAUUUUACAAAAAUCGAUUUCCAGCAGAAUUACGAUUUUUUCAAAUUUUUAAUAUCUCGUUGGAGAAAAAAGAGGAUUUCAACCCUCACGAAAUUUCCGCGUCGGUGUAUACGAAACCGAGUUCGUCGAUUCCUUCGAGCCUAUUGAAAUUCCUUUGAAAUAUUCUCCCUUCCCGAUCAAUUCGAAACGUAUUAACGGAAUGGGAAGGAGGAAAAGAGUCGAGAAUCGUGAUUUUUGUAAAGGAGAAUAUUCGGAAAAAGUACUUUAAUAAAGGAAAAGUUUCAAGAGUACAAAAAACCUUGCUCCAAAAGACUACGUCACGGCUUCGCAGAAUCUGUGCGCAGUUCAUUCUCGUACGUCAGAAUAAUUCACCAUUCGAGUUUGUACCUCCGAGAUCUCACCGAGAGAGUUCCCCGAAAGCUCAUUCGCAUCUUGGGUAACACAAAAAACAGAAAAAAAAAACUAUUCGAAAUAAAAUGAAUGAAAUAAAAUCCCCCGAAGAGAACAAUCGCGCGUUGUGCUCAUCCCAAACACUUGGAGUUUGAGGAGUCAGUGAAUAGAGUUUAGUCACGUCUUCGCGGCCGCCGAAGGCAUAAUUGUAUUAUUGAUAGAGACACUGUGCCAAUUUAUGCGGGCACGAACUUUCGUCCGUUUUCUUUAUAACACAAUAAUAAAAACAAAUAUAUAUAUAAAUAUAGAUUUUAAAAGAAUAAUAAAUAAAAAUCAUAUUUCACGUAGCGAAAUCGAAAAGUGACUGUCCAUCGGAUCGUUGGGCUACCUUAAUUUGGCUUGCCGUUCGAUUAAACGAGGAAGAACAAAAUUUGGAUUUAACAGCACGAAUUCUACGUGAAAUAUGCUCUCGUGAUUCGCGAUCUGUGCUAAAGACAUGAAAGUUCUAUCGGCGGAUUUGUAGAUUAUUAUUAUUAUACCGAUCGAUGUGUUGUUGCAUAGCAAAUUUAUAAUCGUAAACGAUAUUUCAUCCAAUCUAUUUCGACGAAGCUGUGACCAAAAAUUGACAGCGAAUUAAAAAUAUACGAUACUUUAA